GGCGGCUCUCGUUUUCGGCGGGAGAGCGGAGCGGGGCUCCGCCUGAGGGCAGAGGGGGUCUGCCUAGCGGGGGAGGCCGCGCUGGUGGGGCCGGUAGGCGGCGGCACCUGGAGGCGGCGGCACCACCGCCCGCCCGCCCGGGAGGAGGCGGAGCGGAGCCGCCGCGCGCUGCCGCAUGUGCCUGGAGCGGAGCCGGAGCGGGCAACGCGAGCCAUGGCGGAGCAUGGCGCCCCGGCGCCCGCCAUCCCCAACGGCGAGUGCGCCGCCCGCCGCCCCGGCAACAAGGUGACCGUCGUGCUGGGGGCCCAGUGGGGCGACGAGGGCAAAGGCAAGGUGGUGGACCUGCUGGCGCAGGACGCCGACAUCGUCUGCAGGUGCCAGGGAGGCAAUAAUGCAGGGCAUACAGUUGUUGUGGAUUCUGUGGAGUAUGACUUUCAUCUUCUGCCAAGUGGGAUCAUCAAUCCAAAAGUCACUGCAUUCAUUGGAAAUGGUGUUGUAAUUCAUUUGCCAGGACUCUUUGAAGAAGCUGAAAAAAACUUGAAGAAAGGAAAAGGGCUAGAAGGAUGGGAAAAAAGACUAAUAAUUUCUGACAGGGCUCAUAUUGUAUUUGAUUUCCACCAAGCUGCUGAUGGCAUCCAAGAACAACAGAGGCAAGAACAAGCAGGAAAAAAUUUGGGAACUACCAAGAAGGGAAUUGGUCCAGUAUAUUCUUCAAAAGCAGCUCGAAGUGGACUCAGAAUGUGUGAUCUUGUUUCUGACUUUGAUGAAUUUUCUGAGAGGUUCAAAGUGUUAGCCAAUCAGUACAAAGCGAUAUAUCCUACCUUAGAGAUAGAUAUUGAAGGGGAAUUGAAAAAGCUCAAGGGCUGCAUGGAAAAAGUAAAACCAAUGGUAAGGGAUGGUGUAUAUUUCAUGUAUGAGGCUUUACAUGGACCACCAAAGAAGAUCUUAGUAGAAGGUGCAAAUGCAGCACUGCUGGACAUAGAUUUUGGCACAUACCCUUUUGUGACUUCAUCAAACUGCACAGUUGGAGGUGUGUGUACAGGUCUGGGCAUGCCACCGCAGAACGUCGGGGAAGUGUACGGAGUUGUGAAAGCAUAUACAACGAGAGUUGGAAUCGGUGCCUUUCCUACAGAACAAGAUAAUGAAAUUGGAGAAUUGCUGCAAAUGAGAGGUAAAGAGUUUGGUGUUACAACUGGUAGAAAGAGAAGAUGUGGCUGGCUGGACCUUGUGUUACUCCGAUAUGCCUACAUGAUUAAUGGAUUUACUGCAUUGGCGCUUACCAAAUUGGAUAUCUUGGAUGUAUUUCCAGAAAUCAAAGUUGGUGUUGCAUACAAACUAGAUGGUGAAAUCAUACCUCAUUUUCCUGCCAACCAGGAAGUCUUAAAUAAAGUAGAGGUUCAGUAUGAGACACUCCCAGGAUGGGAUACGGACAUAUCAAAUGCAAGGACUUUUGAUGAGCUGCCUGUAAAUGCACAGAAUUAUGUUCGCUUUAUAGAGAUGGAGUUGGGUGUUCCUGUUAAAUGGAUCGGAGUAGGGAAAUCCAGGGAAUCAAUGAUCCAGCUGUUUUAAAGAUUUCAGAUGCAUGGAAGAAAGCACACUCCUCAAAAGACUGCUCAUUCUUAAAUGCAUUAGUAGCCCGCAAAGCAAAGACGUUGGAAAGAUAGAUUUUUGCAUGGAAAGAAAUGCUAGAGUUGAUACCCCCAAAUCAAUCGCUACUCCUGAAAGAGACUUUAACUUGAACCUGUGUCAGUUCUUGUUCAACCGUGAUUUCCAGGACACUUGUCAUUGUUGUUCAAGGUGCCAUCAAAUACUUUUUUUCUUUACCUAAUAUCUACUUCAUAAUGUAAUUCCUGUUUGAAAAUCUAAGGUAGCAUUAUUUUCAUGACUGUUUGUCUUUGUUAUCCUCUCUCUGCUUUUGGCGGUGUUACUUCCCUGAAAUUUUAGACAGUAAAAAUAAUGCAGUUUUGCACAGAUAGUUUUACAUCCUCAUUAUUUGUAUUCCUAAAGCUGUUGUAUUCUUAAUAGCUGCUCUUGUGAGUGAUUAAAGAGGGGGGUUCUGAUUUUAUAAUGCUAUAAAUGCUGUCUAAAUUAUUGUGUGAUCUGUUUUUUUAAAAAAAGAUGUGAUGCCAAGUUGUUAAGAAUGUCCAGGUUUUUUUAGCUGUGUAAUACAGAAAACUUACUCUUUGUAACUCACAGAGGACACUCAAGUGUUACCAGGAAGUGUGCCCAGAAAGUUAGAAAAUUGAUAUUGUAAAAAGUUCAUUUGCGAUUAUUAAAGAACCGUUCUCAUUUUGAGCUAAAUGUUUUAUAAUGUUACUCAUUUUUUUUCUGGUAUUUUAAAAACCCUGCACUUAUCUACUUCCGAGGCACAUAUCUCAAACUGUUUCCCUAAUUAAAUGAGGUUAUAUUUAUAUUUGCUAAGAAGUCUUAACAUUUUGAUGCCCUUUUAAAUUCCUUUCUGCAUAGCCAAUAGAAGAUCUUUCUCUGGAGAACUGGCAAAGCACAGAUACUUUUGUAAUUAUAAAUUGAAGAUACUUUAGAAAUAACGUUUAAAAUAUUCAACAUAUUUGCUUAAGAUGUAGGGAAAAUAACAAGUAUUCACCUCAUGACAUCUGACAUAUUUUGACUUAUUAGUGUUGGGAAAUGUUCUAGAAUUAUUUUCAUUUAUAACCAUUAUUAUAUAUUCCAAAGAAUCUGAUUUCUUUUGGCAACAAGCCAAUAAUUACAUAUUCCCUUUCCAGAUUUUUUGAGGAUUACUUUGUUUUUACACAUUAUACUCUGGUAUUCAUGCACUUCCUUUUCACUUCAAAUAAAAAUUACUUUGUUUCCUAAAAAAAAGUUUUUAUUGGGGUGGGACAGUGGUUUUAGAUUUAGUUUAGUAGAUUUCAGCUAUGCAGGUGAAUGUAAGAAACUGUUAAUGCAAAGUAACAGAUACGAGGCCUUGGAGGUUGUGUUGUAGG